CCGAAAUCCUGCCGACGCCCUUACUAUCUCCCCAACGUCCCCACGCGCAAUUCCGUGAGUAUCGGAUCUGUUGAGGGGUGCAAGUGCAAACUUAUUUUUAGUUUUAAAAGGAAAUGGAUCGAUCUUAACCACCCACGAUCCACCAGGUCACCGCUUCCGCGAUCGGGCAACGCAACCGCCUCCUCCCCCGGCACCACCACCACCCCCACGCUCCGCCCGCCGCCGUCGGGGCCUCCUGCUCUCCCCUCAUAUACUCCGACUCCACCAGCCGCCCCCCCCUCUGCCUUUCCUCCUCCAGCCUCCAGAUCUCCCUCUCCCCCGGCCCGUUCACACACACUCGUGAAGAGCGUGUGCAAGCGCAGGCAAAGCACACACACCCAUGGCGCCUCUGCUCCUGCUCUUCAUCCUCGGCGGCCUCUGCGCCCUCUUCUCGCUCACCACCUCCUCGCGCGCCGGCGCCAAGAAGUGCGGCGACGUCAAGAGCGCAGGCGCCGGCAAGGACGGCAGCGAGGGGGAGGCGGCGGCGCGGGGGGACGGGGCGAGGAAGCAGGCGCGGCCCGACCCGGAGGCGGACCUGGGCAUCGUCUUCUCCACGUUCGACCACGACGGCGACGGCUUCAUCACGGCGGUCGAGCUGGAGGAGUCGCUGCGCCGGCUCGGCAUCGCCAUGUCCGCCGACGAGGCCGCCGCCAUGGUGGCGCGCGUCGACGCCAACAGCGACGGGCUCAUCGACAUCCACGAGUUCCGGGAGCUCUACGACUCCAUACCCAAGAAGCGGAAGCACCAGCACCCCGCCGCCGAUCUCGGCGCGGCGAGUAGGGAGGUGCCCGUGGAGGACGCCGAGGAAGAAGAGGCCGGGGAGGAGGAGGAGGAGGAGAGGGACCUGCGGGAGGCGUUCGACGUCUUCGACGGCAACAAGGACGGGCUCAUCUCCGCUGAGGAGCUCGGCACCGUGCUGGGCUCCCUCGGCCUGCGCCGCGCCGGCGCCGGCAGGCCCGCCGUCGCCGAGUGCCGCGACAUGAUACGCCUCGUCGACAGCGACGGCGACGGCAUGGUCAGCUUCGAGGAGUUCAAGCGCAUGAUGACCGUCGUCAAGGCCUAAGCUCCUCCUCUUCUCCUCACAGAUCAAAUACGGAGUAUAACCAAAACCUGGAGCGGAUUUAUUUGCAAAGGCAAGUAACGUUAUUUUGUUCUUGGAUCGGAACAGUUUCAUCGUGUUGUUAGUAGAAGCGCGAUCAAUUAACACAAGGAGCUCGUAUUUGUUUAUGGGGAGUUGAAAGCUGGAUCAAGUAGCUUCUCGCUCUGUGUUUCUCCCCUGUUCUUGAAUCUUCAUCACUUCCUCCUCCUCCUCCUCCUUUCCAGUCUAAUUAUUUCAUACUUCUCCUUAGUUCUGGUUACUGUUUUGACUGACAAGCAUCAGACAUGUAUGUAAAUAUUAGUUCUUGCUCGCUGUCAGGUUGAUCUGUGGAAAAAGAACAACAGGAUGAAUGGAAAUCCCAACGAAUGACUUUGUUCAUUU